GAUCCCUGAAUCUCUGGAAAUGAAUAAUGAGCCUUAAAGUGAACAGUUUCAACCUUAAUCUUUAACUCUCACCAUAUAAUGCAGUGAAAACAUGAGCUGGAGAAAGAAACAAGCAGGACAGUUUAUUCUUUUUUAUUUUCUUUCAUUUAUUUAGUAAAGAGUUGGUAAGAUUAGUUAUUUAAGUGUAUGAUAUUCUAGGGUUGCAAAUCCGUGUUAGAAUUUUUAUGAUUCAUAGGCCUAUGUGUGUUUUGUGUGACUUCAGCUGGAAACACUGGGACACAAACCUCUGUGAAACCUCUGGAUUUCUCACAUUCCUGCAAAAUGUCUCUCCAUCUUCUUUUCACUCAGAAAUGCCUAGUAAUCACAAGGAAAUAGCGAGUAACACACUGAAUUAAACAUGAACGACUGAAACUGUAUUUUAUUGUCAAAAGUACUCCAGUAAUCUUGUUUUAGGCUAUUUACAAGUUCAAAACAUCCUUUUCACAGUGUAUAAAAAGGCAGUUGAAAGACAAAUCACUCAUUCAGCAGAAGUUACAGGAGGACAGUCACUGAUGCUCAACAUUUAAACUCUCCUGUCAUAAAAUCCUGUUUUUCACAUCAUCCAUUGUAAAGUUUUAUCCCUGUUAUGAUCUUUAAUCAUAACACUUAAUGUGAAAAAUGCUGACUGUACAAAGACCAAGAGUCUCUGCUUAGAGUCUAGGGCCAAAUUCAUUCUGCAGCUUCAUAUUCACAAUACAUACAGGCAACCAGGAGAAACUGAGCAUGUUACACGCUUUCCCCAUACACGAUUAUAGAUCAUCAUCAAUGUACUGAGAUAUUUGUAUGUUUUCUAUAAAGCAUUUUCAUGUGUUUGUUGUGAUUAUCUUUAUAAUCAGGCUAUAGUACAGAGAAAGGACACGACUGCAAUGGUCUUUUGUGAUACCAUCUACACACUCAAAGUUGGUUUAUAUCAUAACUGGAAUGAAAUAAUAGCCUAGUUAAAAAUGACUUGUUUACAUAGAAUAUAUGAUAUUUUAUAUAAUUUAAAGGGUUAGUUCACCCAAAAAUGAUAAUUCUGUUAUUAAUCUAAAGUGACUCACACUGUUCUUGCAUUCCCUGAAUUACUGAAAACAUCCAUCGAAAGAAGAUUAGGACUGUCUUUAAUUUAAUCUUCUGUGGUUCAAGUAAAAUAUGAUCGUUAAUGUGCUUUUUUAAAGGCAGUUGUGUUUAGCUGAAGAUCCUUAAAUCUGGAAAAAGUUGCUUUCUUGCCGAUUUAAAAUAAAGGGUCAGACAGAGUUCAUUCAGUGAGUAUACAGGUGUUCAAUGGAGAACAAUACAUCAUGUCAAAGUCUGCGGUGUGUGUGUAAACGUGUGAUGAUUCAUUCACUUUCAGCAGCCCUUUUUUCUCCUCCUAAUAUUUUCACUUUCAGUCUGUCAGUACCUUGAGACCGUUCACCUCACUUCAGCACCUCACCUGGAGUGCCAUCAGAACCUUAUUGUUUGGCUGGUAGUGAGGUUUGGGUGAAUCCUCUUUCUAAGAGUUUGGAUCCACUGGCUCCAGCUGGAAACUACCAAUGCUUGGCAUGAAUCGUCAGGACUUCAUCAUGCUGGAAUGUGUCACUCACAAACAUGACCUCACUGUGAGGGAGGAGCAUCAACCUGAGAAACAGAAGCACGCGCGCGCCCUCCACUGGACAUUAUAAAACACUUCAUGUGGCUUAUGCGUUAUAAGACCAAACUCAGUGCACACAUUUUUAAUAAAGCAUACAGUGUACAGACAAGCAGAUGGACCAUAAUAUGAACACAACGCGUUUAAUUUGUCACUGAAAGUUCUCUGAUAGAGAUUAAAAUACACAUUGAACUCUGUUCCAUCAUCGUGUAUAUAUAUAUAUAUAUAUAUAUAUAUAUACAUACACACACACACGUAUAAAAUCUAUUUUUGUGGUUGAAAGUCUUAAGCUCAGCUGCUGUUUUCUUUGUUGAUGAACAUUAUGUCUCAUUCUCACAGGAACUGAAUCCCUGCAUUUGUUGUCAGACAAGAUGGAAACAGGUUUCGACCUGAGCGACUCCACCUACAAACUUCUUCCUGCUUUCAUGUUGGCAAUAAGAGGUGUCUAAACCUCGACACACAGCAGAUGUGCAGCUCCAUACGACAUGAACAGAGUCUCAGGACUGAGGAAUCUCUCACAGGACUGUGAUGAACAGACAGACAGGAGUCACAGAAGAUGAUCAGAUGAAGAUUUAUAAAUGAACAGAAUAUCAACAUGUCCAGCCCUGACAGCACAGUGGAAAGAAGAAGUCCAAAGCUGGAUCGCCCCAACUUUUCAGAGGGUGUGAAGCUGAAUCUGGUUGUGUGUGGGAGUGACGGCACAUUAAAAUCCUCCAUAUCAGAGCAGAUCCUGCAGCAGACAGACAGAAGAUCAGACGUGGAUCUUCAUGGACGUCAGAUCAGUCUGGUGGAUCUUCCAGCUCUGUUCAACACUCGUCUCUCAGAGGAGGAAGUGAUGCAUCAGACUCUCCGCUGUGUGUCUCUCUGUCAUCCUGGAGUUCAUGUUUUCCUCCUCAUUAUUCCUGAUGCUCCACUCAAUAAUGAAGACAAAGCAGAAAUGGAGGAGAUCCAGAGGAUCUUCAGCUCCAGAAUCAACAAGCACAUGAUGAUCCUCAUAAUGCAGAAUUCAGAGCAUCAGACAGCAGAACUGAAUGAAGAAACACAGUCUGUCAUUGAGAGAUUUGGAGGACGACAUCAUUUCUUUAGUCCCAACACACAAGUGUCCACAUUGAUGGAGAACAUUGAGAAGAUGGUGGAAGAAAACGGAGGAGAGCUUUACUCCACAGAGAUAUUUCUGGAGGUGCAGAUGGAAAAACUGAUGAAAUAUGAAGAGAUGAAGAAGAAAAUUGACUCACUAGAGACACAUUUACUGUCACAAGGUUCAAGAGAAAACACAGAUGAACUGAGGAUUGUACUGCUGGGAAAAACUGGAGUUGGGAAGAGUGCAACAGGAAACACAAUCUUAGGAAGAGACGCGUUUAAGGCAGAAACAUCUCAAGAGUCAGUAACUAAAGAGAGUCAGAGAGAAUCAUCUGAAAUCAACGGCCGACACGUUACUGUGAUCGACACUCCAGGACUGUUUGAUACUGAAUUGAGUAAUGAAGAGAUCCAGAGAGAAAUCAGACACUGCAUCUCCAUGAUCCUGCCUGGACCUCAUGUGUUCAUCAUUGUGCUCAAUUUAGGACAACGAUUCACUAAACAUGAGGAAACAUCAGUGAAGAUCAUCCAAGAGAUGUUUGGUGAGAAAUCAUUAAUGUUCACCAUGGUGCUCUUCACCAGAGGAGACGAUCUGAAGAACAAAACUAUUGAACAGUGUUUGGGAAAACCUGGAUCUCCUUUGAUGAAGCUGAUUGAAGCGUGUGGAAACAGAUUCCAUGUGUUCUAUAAUAAUCAGACUGGAGACCGAACACAGGUGUCUGAUCUACUGGAGAAGAUAGACAACAUGGUGGAAGCAAACGGAGGGAGUUUCUACUCAUGUAAGAUGUUCAGACAGAUGGAAAGAGAAAGACAAGAACAACAGAUGAAGAUCCUGAUGGACAGAGUCAGAGAAAGAGAAGAACUGAUGAAGAAACUGGAAGAAGAAAUGAACAAAGAACGAGAGAUAUUUAAAAAUAAAAUAGAGCAACUGAAGAAAGAAAAAGAAAAACUGCUGAUGAAAUACGACACGGAAAUAGGCAGACUGAUGAACAAAAUCGAGAAUGAAAGACAGAUUCAUGAAAAAGAGAGAAAGAGAAGAGAAGAUGAAUAUACAGAAAGAGAAGAACGAUAUAAUAUACAGAUGAGAAGAGAACAAGAGGAAUGGGAGCAACAGAAACUGGAGGAAAAGAUAAGAAGAGAAGAAGAGAAGAAAAGGACAGAGAGAGAAAAACAGAUUUCUGAUGAACAGAUUCCAAGACUAAAGAGUGAAAUGGAGGGAAUAAUCAGAGAGAAAGCGAGAACAGAAAGAGAGAGACAAGAACAACUAGAGGAUUUAGAGAAGAGACUGAAAGAAGAAAGAAACAUGAGAGAAGAUCAACAAAAUACUUCUGAAGAGAAACAGAAACUCCUUGAAGAACAGAAUGAAGAAGAACUGAAGAGAAGACGAGUGGAGUGGAGAGAGGAAUAUGAACGAGAGAAAGAGAAGAUGAUGAGGAAGAUCUGCUCUGAAACUGAUCAGUCACUACAGGUCGCAGCCUACAGGAAACUGAAGAAUGAAUACAGGAAGUGGUCCUGGAGUCUUUGCAGUGCCAUGAUGGAAACUGAGAACAAACUUCACAACAAAAUAGAAAAUAAAGCAAUUCAUGAGGUUGAGGAAACUGAUCUUCAAAGAGAACUGAAGAAGACAAGUGAAGAAGUGGAAAAAUCAAUGUCUGAAUUCUUUGAGAAAGACAUUGAUAAAUAUAUACUGAUUCAGUGGAAAACAUCAUUUGAAAUCAAAAUCAAAACGCUUCAGGAAAACAUUGUGAGAGAAACAAUGAGGAAAUUAAAUGAGGUUCUUCAGCAGCGAGACCUGAAGAAAGAGAUUGAUGCUCAGAGGACACAUUAUGAAAACACUCUCUAUGAAAAGAGCAGAGAACUCGCCUUAAAACUCAAAGACAAAACAAAUGAUGAAGAAACACUGAAGAAAGAGUUUGAUUUGUUCUGGGAACAGAGUGUGAAGAAGAUCAUCAGAGACACUCCUCUAAUCAGAGAUAUUGAUGUAAUGAGAGAUGUGAGAGAAAUCCUCAGUGACGACUAUAGAAGUGUGUCUGUAGAUCACUGGAGGGAUAUUUUCGCUGUAUCAAAUUAUUCAGAUUAUGUGAAAUUAAAGGGAUUAAGAGGAAUUAAUGCAUAUUUAUCAAAUGCCAUCAGAUCAGUGAAAGAUCUGUCUCCAGAGGAUGAAGCUCAAAUCAGAUCAUUAGUCACAGAUGCUGUUCAGCAGACAAACAGAAUGAUUAAGUUAUUUAACAUUUCAAAGAUGGGCUACAACAUCAGCUGCAUUCAACAACUCAUAGAUUACAUCAAGAGGAGAGUAACAGAACAUCAGGAAGAACAAGUGAAAUAUGUGUUCAAGAAUGAAUUCUUCAUGGAUUUGGUUCUUUCUAUCUGUGAGAGAUCAAACAAGAUGAUCACUGACCAACACAGACUGUUCAGAGAAGCCAAUGAUCCUGUAAUACAUGUUGAGAAGAAGAGAGAAGAGUACUAUAGUAUUUUCCAGAAACACUGUCAUGGAGCAACAUCAGCUGCCAUGUUUGGUGAGAUCAUCUGUCAGAAACUGAAAGAGCCCAUUGAGCAGAGUGUCUACAAGAAGACUGCCAGAGAUCUGACAGAUGAAAUGAGAUCAAACUGUGAAUCACUGAAUGGAAACAGAUCAAAUCUGGAGAAACACAUCCUGAAGACACUGGCAGAAGAGGAGGAUUUUAUCAAAUACAUGAACUACAUUCAUAAACCCAGAGAUCACUUCAAGAGUUUCAUCAGAGAUGAAGUCAGUCGGUACAUCACUGAUAAGUUCAGUGUCAGUGUUUUACCCAAGAUGAAGAAGAACAUUGAACUCCUGCAGCAGAAGAUCAUGAAAGCAGCACAUGAAUCUACUGAACAUGUUCAAGAGAACAGAAGAGAUGUUGGUUUGUGGUUGAAGAGUUUCACACAGCAGAUCUCAGAUGAGCUGAUCUUCUCUGAAAAAGACCUCAGUGGAGUCAAACAUGAUGAUGUUGAUGUGAAACUCCUAGAAGAUGUGAUGAGACGAGAACUUACUGCUAUAAUGUCUGAGAUCAGCAGUAGAUUCAACACAAAGACAUUUCCAUCCAAUCUGGACCUCAAGUUCAGACCAGAUGAGCUUCUAAUUGAUCUCUUCUGUCAGUGCUGUUGGGUUCGGUGUCCGUUCUGUAAAGCCAUCUGCACCAACGAUAUAGAAAACCAUGAUGGAGAUCACAGUGUUGCUUUCCACAGAGUGAUAGGAAUUAAUGGCACAUAUUACAGUUCAACACAGAAUCUCUGUACUGGUAUGUGCACAAACUUAGUGGCAAGUCAUCAGUAUUUUAAUAUACCAGAUGGAAUUUUUAAAUAUAGAGAAUACAGAAGAGCAGGAGGAGUUUAUGCAAACUGGAGCAUCACUCCUGAUCUCUCUGAUCUGCCCUACUGGAAGUGGUUUGUGUGCAGAUUCCAGAAAGUUCUGGAAAAACACUAUGGUAAAACAUUUGAGGGUAAGAGUGAGAUUCUAGAUAUUUUUUUUGAGGGGGAUGGUGAGAUACCAGAUGAAUGGAGAAGAUACUCAAAACAGGACGCUAUUGAGAGUUUGGAUCGAUACAUGUAAUGGAGCAGAUGAAGAAUGAGACUCUUGCGUCUCCUCUCAGAUUCAGAUCACAGUCAGAAAUGAGUUUCUCUGACAUUCAUCAGUGAAUCUGAGCUCAUCUACACCUCAGAAGAUCAGAGCUUCAUCAAAUACACCAGAAGAGAGUUAAAGACGAGAUUCAGUUCCUCAUACAAGUGUCUGUCUGAUGAUCAAAACAACAUAUUUCUGAACAUAUGCCUCAUUGAUGAAGCUCAAAAUGCUUGAUAUUAUAGUUUAUUACUAAUCAAAACAGCUUAAUCUCUAACAUGAACUGAAAAGGAUCUAUGAUAAGGAUAUUAAUGACAGACUGUUGAUGAAAUAUGAUUGAAGUGUGUGUUUGUUAAAGCUCAGUGCUGGAAUCAGACGAUGGAGGAAAGUGUGAGAAAUAAACAGAUGUGUGAAUCAAAUCUCUCAGACCUGUCAAUCUGAUUCAUAUUGAUUCAUAUUCAUAUGAUUCACUCGACACAAAUACUGUCAACAUCAUGAAUUUAUUGACCUUGUCAAGUGUCCUUUCACACUUGUUUAAUAUUUACUCGUAUUAUGUGAAACUUUGAUUUGACUUUAGGAAUUGAAAUGAUGAAACCUGAAGAUCUCUAUAGCAGAUUUUCCUUCUCUGACAGUAUCUCAGUCAUUGAUAAACUUCAUUACUUAUAUAUUGCUAAAACAUAAUUAAUAAUGUUUACUACACAAUACUGUGAUCAAAAUGUUUAAAGAGUUCAAAGUGAGAGUGUCGACAGGAUCUGAACUCAAACUCUCACUGAUGAUCUUUGACAGUUCAUAUUUGUCUCAUUCUCUGUUCAGUGUCACAAGAGUUCAUCAGGAUCAUUUCACACUGAUUGUUCAUAUGAACUCGUUCUAGAAACUUGUUAAAGCACAUCAGCUCCAGCUUUGGGUUCUCCAGCUUCAUCCUGCUGACCAGAUGAUGAGGAUGAGCUGAUCCUGAUGGAACUGGAAGACGGAGGAUUUUAAUGACACUCUUAAAGUGGAAAUGAAGCAGUCGGUCAAGUUCACAUUAUUCAGUAAAUGGAUUUCCACUGACACAUCUGCUCCUCCUUCAGCGUCUCAUCAUAACCUCUUCCAGCGCUGGUUUUCAGCAGGCGUUUCGUUCCUCCUGCUGCUGUUACUGUGUCUCCACACAUAAGAACAGAUAUAAUCAAGGUAAGGACAUUCAUGUAUCUGUCUUGCUGCUUCCUCCGACUGUUAAAUUGUUGACUGUGGUGACGGGACAGUCUUCCUGAAAACUUCAGACUCGGACUGCAGUGUAACCUCUCUUCUGGUGGAUUGAUUUUGGGAUUCACAGAGAUAUCCUCAGUCAAGUUUCUCCAGUUUCUCAGUUCUGGUGUGUGUUGAUGUUGUUUUCUGAGUGUCCAGCAAGAGGCACCAGAUAUCUGGGAAAAGUGUCACUGGAAACACCAUCAUGGACAGAAACCUGUUCAAAUGAUCAAAGCAGUGGAGAUCAGAAACCAGUGAGAGGAACGACAGAAAGAUGUCAGUGAUCGACACACCUGAACUCAGUAAAGAGGGUCAUAAUAACUGAAAUACUGACAUAAAAUUCACUUCUCCUGGAUCACACACAUUUAUUAUUGUGAUUACAGUAGGUUCACUAAAGAAAAACACAAUAAAAGAAGUGUUUGAGAACAGAUGGAAAACUGCAGAUUCAUUUUACCCACACAAAUCAAUGAGAGAAAGAAAAUAAAACCAUUGAGCAGAUCUUCAAUCCCUCAUACAGAGCUGAGAAACUGAUUCUUCUGCAACAAGAAGUCUGCAGUUUCCACAGAUCUUAGAGACUGAGAUAGAGAAUUAUAAUGUUGAUAAAGCAGAAACACAUUAAGAGGAAACUGGAUGAGAAAUGGAGUCAGGAGCACAAGAAGAUAAUGAAAACAAUCAUUCUGAAAACUAAACAACUGGGAUAAUAAUAUCUACAAUAUAUUAUCAUAUAUAAAGUCUGAAAUGUGAAGUCGGACAUUUCCACAUUUGUGUUUCUGUAUUUGUGUCUGUAAAACUACAAAUAACGUUAAUAGAAAUGUCCAUAUAUCUUCCCUGCUGCCACUGUAAAAAUUGUGAUCAUUUUAACUUUGUAAAUUUGAACAAUUUGUUACCACACGUUUACACAUAUUUUGUUUUCCCAUUUUUUUUCAAUAGUACAUAUGUUUUGUUUAAAUGUUUAAACCGUGUGAUUCAUUAAUGUUUUAUACUGGAUUUCUGAGAAACAUUAUUGGAUUGUCAUCUGAAUUAUCUGAAAUUCACUAAUAUCGUAGCGGGACCUUCUGCUCCUACAGGUGAGAUAAAUAUCUUUGACUGUAUGUUGUUAUUUAUAUAUUUAUUGCUAUGGCAUAAUAUAAUCAUUGUAGGCCGGCAGGAAAAACAUUAAGCCCAUAGCCUAACUACAUUUGUAUUUGUUUAUUAAUACAUGUUUGCAAAUCUGCAUAAAGUUGAGUGUUUUAGAGACAUUUUGAGUAAAAUCCAGUGUGUUUUGACUGCUGCAGAAAUCUGCUGGACGGGUGUUGUCAUUUCACUGCCCUCGAUGUAAGAAGUGUGUGUGUGUUGAUGACUGGAUCUGACUGUACAUGUCUGUCUGAAGAGAACUGACUGCAGAAAAGUGGAAGAUUACUGAGAAAAAUAACAGAAAAUA